AUGCCGAGCCUGCCGCCAAACCUCGUGCCAAACCUCCACAGCGUCCGAGCCAGAGCGGUACAGAUCCGAACGACUCUCUCCCACGACAACCCUCAAGGCCGGCCCCAUUGGUCAUCUAGAAUUCUUGAUAAUAAACCUCCUCUCUCGCGUCCUUUCUCCUCGAGCUCGUUAUUCUCCUUCACGGGCAGAUCGAGUGUCACGGCAGCGGCCGCAGAGCCCCCCACGGGCAGAUCCGGAAUCUCUGAUCCGGGCAAACAAAAGUCUGGAAGUGCGGGGAGUAGCGCCGAGGGCGGGGAGGUGGCCGAUGUGACUGUAUCGAAAGAGGCGUCAGCGGUAGUCACGGAAGACAUUUUUAACGAGGGGAUCCCGGAUGAGCUCUCAGACGAGUUCUUCGAGGCAGCGAGUGCGACUAUAUCGGAUGAGGAGCUGGACAGUGUGAUGUUAAUGAGGGAUCUGGCCGGGGUUCCUGGCUUGCCCCCGUUAGAAGAGCUUCUGGCGGACGACGACGAGGCCAAGGCGCGCGCCGCGCGGCGAGAGGCGGAAAAAGAAAAGCAGGCGGAGAUUGCGCGGCGGAGAGUUGCGUGCGUGGACGCGCUGGGGCGCGCGUACGGCACGGGGAGGCGGAAGACGAGCGUUGCGCGCGUGUGGCUGCGGAAGGGUAGCGGCGGAGUGGUAGUGAACGGGCAGCCGUUGGAUCUGUACUUUCCCGAUCUGGCGCAGCGCGCGGCGAUGCUGGAGCCGUUCGUGGAAACGGGCACGGCCGGGGUGUUCGACGUGAAGGCGACCGUGAAAGGCGGAGGCGUGUCAGGCCAAGCGGGCGCCAUGCGACACGGCAUCAGCCGAGCGCUGCAGCAGUUUGACCCCACAUACCGCCCGGCCCUCAAGUCAGCUGGUCUGCUGACCCGUGACUCGCGUAUGGUGGAGCGUAAGAAGCCAGGCAAGGCCAAGGCAAGAAAGAGCUUCCAAUGGGUCAAACGGUAA